UGUGGCAACGCUGGCGCUGCUGUCGAUGGCAUCUUUUUUCUCUUGACGUCUUCCCUUCGCCUAUUUCAGUGUCUGUUUGUGUGUGUGUUUGUGGGUGUGUUCCGUCCAUAGUGCCUUUUGUGUGUCUUGUGUUUGUUUCAGUUUGUUUCAGUUAUUUUUCCCCAAUGAAAUUCGUCCGAUGUUGAGGCCGUAAGACAGACAACAACGAAAAACAUGGCGUCGUUAUGGAUGAAACGCCGUUGCUAUGAACUUUGUUUGACGGUUGCCACUUGCUGAGAGAGGCGGCGUUCAUUGUUGUAUUACACCUUAUGCCUUUUUCUCCCGGAUGACGCAUCGUUGACAACGGGCCACCAUCGAGUGCUUCAUAAACGUUAGCCAUCGAUUCAACAAUAAAAAGACAGGCAGGAAGAGAGAGAGAAAACUGCUUGAGGAAAUAAAACACAGGAAGGGUUGGUCCUUCCUUCUUCACCUGCUGCCCUUACAGCGUCUCUCUGGAUGUGAGAGUUCGCUGCCACCCACAAACUGCCUUUUUUUUUAUUUGUGUACUUUAGCAGUCUCCUGCCAAACAAGUGCCCUUUGUCGAGUGACUAGUUUUCUCUUUAGCGAUUUGCCAAAGUUUUGACCGUCCAAUAGUGCCACUGAUGCCUGCCAUGAUGGAGUUUGAAGACAGGAAGUGGCGGGACAGGGAGGCUCUCAAACACAUCAUCGGUCAGUGGAAUGCCAACCGCCUUGACCUGUUCUCCCUCUCAGAACCCAACGAGGAAUUUGAGUUCCACGGUGUGAUGCGCUUCUACUUCCAAGAUGCAGGGCAGAAGAUUGCCACCAAGUGCAUCAGAGUUUCUUCCACAGGCUCCACGCAGGCAGUGAUUGAAACUCUGAUUGAGAAAUUCAGACCAGACAUGAAGAUGCUGCACAUGACGGAAUACGCGCUCUACGAGAUCCACCCCAACGGUGCAGAGGAGAGGUGCCUGGGUGUCGACGAGAAACCGUUGCUGGUCCAGCUGAAUUGGCACAAGGACGACCGCGAGGGCCGUUUCCUCUUGAGACGGGCCGACGAGAAGUCGACUCUGCCUGCCCAGCAGCCACCGGAAGAAUCCAGCUUCCGUCGCAAGCUCUCGAAGCGGGAGAAGCGCAACGCCAAAAAGGAGAACAAACUGCGCAAGUUGAAGAGUUCAGACAACGACGGAGGCGGCGGCCAGGAUUGCGAGAAUGGCGGCAAAAACGGGACGGUGGCCGAGAAGUUGUACACGGAACUGCCGGAAACGAGUUUUACUCGCUCCAUCAGUAAUCCGGAAGCGGUGAUGCGUCGGCGGAGGCAGCAGAAACUGGAGCGCAAAUUGCAGCUCUUUCGCUCAAAAGAUGGCGGCCCCGACACUGGCGGGACCCUCAAAAUCUACGGGGAGAGUUUGUGCCGUGACGUGCCUUACAAGACGCUUUUGUUGUCUGUCCGCGAGACGGCAGCCUACGUGGUGCGAGAGAUGCUGGACAAGUACGCGCUCACCCGAGAGGACCCGACCAAUUAUUGCCUGGUCCAGGUGACGGGAUCGCCACCGAAUCAACAGCAGCAACAGCAGACGGGCAACAACAAUAGCGAGCCACCUAGCGAGUACAUUUUGGAAGACGACGAGUGUCCUCUCUCCAUUCUGAUGAACCACACGCCCGGCUCAGGUCCGGUCAUGUUUCACGUCAGGAGGCGGCCGGCCGACAGCAAUUCGCAGGCUGCACGUCGUCGCAAGAAGAAACUCAGCGGAAGUGGAGGAAGCCAAGGCGGAGGAGGCAACGCCAAUGCCAAUUCGUGUGGCUCUGGUGGCGGAUCCGUUCAUCGAUUGACGGGCGUAGGUGAUUUGUCGUCGCCCGAUCAGGAUCCCGAGCAACGCACUCUGCCCUACUUGGUGGAAUUGAAUCCGGACGGAAGCGAAGUCAGACAGGGCAACCAGAUACGACGCCAUUUCGUUUCUCCCACAGUCACGGAAGUCGGAUCAGAACGACCAGCACCUCCGCAUCCUUCCUCGCCCAUUUCCGUUCCGUCGAUUCAACUUUUCGGGCCCGGAAUCCAUCCGCGCCACUGCGUUCUCGCCCACACGGAAGGCAUGGUGACGUUGACACCCUGCAGCCCUCAAGCGGAGACUUACGUCAACGGCCAGAGGCUAUGCGAAACGACUUUGCUCCAGCACGGCUGCGUCAUCCGCUUCGGCCGCAACGCCUAUCAAUUUCGCUUCAUCGAUCCGGCCAGCGAGUUCCGCACUCCCGCCGCCUCGACAGCACUCAAUUAUGAGCGCUUCACUGGGCAACCGGGCGGUGCUAAUAGGGCCGUUUCCACUACACCGUCGGCCAGUAAUUUGAUCCCCGUCUCGGCUUCGGCUGCUGCUGCAGCCAUCGUCGCUCCUCCCCCUCCGCCCGCCGGGCCCGUCGUCGUUCCUGGAACUGAUCCCAUCCUCCCGGCCGUCCUGGAACUGCCCGAAGACGUCGAGGAUGCCUUUCUCCACUCUCUCAUUCCAAAUUUAGACACGAGGCAGAUCGUCUUCAGACUGGCCCCAACCUAUUCCCUGUAUCUGAUGGCUCGCUACCGAGCCUCGACUCACUUCCGGCCGGAAUUGAAUCCCAUGGAAAGGGCCCAGCGUCUGACUCUGACGCUGAGUCGGGUCGGCGCCAUGAUGCAGGCCAUCGUCCAGGAGCGCUACGCCGACCCGCCCUCGCUGGCCUUUUGGAUGGCCAACGCCUCUGAGCUACUCCACUUUCUCAAAUCGGAUCGACACAUUUGCGCCUUUUCGCUGGAUGGACAAGAUUUGCUGGCCGAGGCCGUCCAGAUCGCCUUCCGCAACGCCAGCGUCUGCCUGACGGCCGAGCUGCUCCAAUCGAUGCCGCCCAUGCUGUCGCCGCCUACGUCGCAACAGUUGGCCGAAGGGCAGCCGGAGCAGCCGGAAGAAGAAGCGGCCACCGCCCAGGUCUUGUCGGUCCUCUCGUCGACGAUGGGCCUGUUGCGCCGCUGUCGGGUCAACGCCGCCCUCACCAUUCAGCUCUUUUCCCAGUUGUUUCACGCCCUGAACGCGGCCCUCUUCAAUCGUCUCGUCGGCCUGGAUUCGCCACGUUUGCCCGCUUCCGCCUCGCAUCAUCUCCUGCCACCUCCGGGUGCCAAUCUCUGCUCUCGCCAGUGGGGCCUGGCCCUCAGUCGACGGCUGAGACGUUUGGAGGCCUGGGCAGAGAGGCAGGGACUCGAAUUGGCCGCCGACUGUCACUUGGCUCGAGUGAUGCAGGCCGCCCAUUUGCUGCAAUCGCCCAAGAACACGGCCGAACAGCUGGUGGAGACGGCCAGCUCCUGUUUCAAACUCAACUCGCUGCAGUUGAGGGCCUUGCUGGAACGUUACAGGCCGUCACCGCAGGAUGGAGAGCCGGCCAACGCCAUUCCGCCUCAAUUGAUUCAACACAUUGUCCGGGUGGCCGAAGGAACGGCCGACGAACUUCAACUGGCCGACGGCCGUCCCUUGCGAUUGGACGAGGAUUCCCAGCUGGCCGUCCCUUUCCUCCUGCCCGACGACGGGUAUUCCUGCGACGUGAUGCGUGGCAUCCCCACUGGGUUGAUGGAAGUCUUGGGGCCGCUCCAACAGGCCGGACUAUGCCGUUUGACCCCCCAGCCGACGUCGUCGGGAUUGUGGACUAUUUACAUGGGCGAAGGAUCGACUCCGGUCGUCGCCCCUCAACCGCAACAGCAUCCCAUCCGCGCUCCGUCGGUGGCCGGCGAAGCCCAGGCGUAUGCCCCCCAGCAACAACAACAACAGCAGCAGCAGCCAGAGUUGCAGCUGCUGCAGUUACGCAAGGCCAGCGAUUCGAUGGGCUUGAGCAUCGUGGCCGCCCGUGGCACUGGUCAGCAACAACUUGGCAUCUACAUCAAAUCUGUCGUCAAAGGAGGAUCGGCUGAUAUCGACGGACGUCUGCAGGCCGGCGAUCAGUUGCUCUCGGUCGACGGCUACAGUCUGGUGGGCAUCACGCAGGAUCGAGCCGCCGAGAUUUUGAUGAGGACGAGCCACACGGUCCGUCUGGAAGUCGCCAAACAGGCGGCCAUGUUCCACGGACUGGCCACUUUGCUGAGCCAACCGUCGCCAACGUCCACCGUGUCUCGCUCCACUUUGUCUCUCAACAAGAUGGACCCGGUCCAGCAACAGCAACAACGUCGACCACCUCUGCCCCAGACACAACAGCAGCAGCAACAACAACAGGCGUUCCAGGAGCGACUGGUCGACUGGGAUCGUCCGCCGACGUCGCAUCGGAUGAACUCCAACAGCAGUCCCAGUCUGGCCAACAUCAACGACCCCCAGCAACAGCAGCAGGCGAUGGGCCAAGGCCGUCCUCUCCAACAGAUGGCGCCUCAAUUGCGCAACGCCAAUUCCCGGUCGGUGCCGGCCCUGCACCACAACAGUGAGCCCAACGUGGGCAUGAACCAGUCGCAGGACGGAAUUCACCACUUUCAGACGGAGCAGCAGCAACAACAAUUCUACGCCCAGCAACAGCAGCAGCAACAACAGCGAGCCAUGAUGAACCAACGGGCCAUGUCGGCCCAGCUCCUCUCUCAGCCGCGUUACCCCAAUCCUCCGCAACAAUCGACAGAACCGACCAGUCCCACCCGCUCGACCGCCCAGCAACAACUGCAACAACAACAACAGGCCACUCGCUCUCGUUCCGUCCAGAACUUGAGCGCCGAGACGCAACAACAGCAACAGACGAGAGCCUCUGCCACAACCCUGAGAGCCCGUCAUCCGUCGGACGAGCGACAAUACCAGAACAUUGCCCUGUACCAACAACAACAGCAGCAACAACAACAACACAUGCAAUAUCCUGGUGGUCAAGGUCCUCGGCCUCAAUACGCUCAGCAACUUCCCCUUCCACCCCCUCCUCCGCAACAACAGCAGCAGCAACAACAACAACCGAGGGGCUUGUUGAGUCCAGUCAGUCGAACAGCCCCGGGAGUCGUCGUUCCGGCAUCAGUGGCUCAUUUACGUCACCCGUCGAUGGCGCAACAGCAGCAGAGCAGCGACUCUCCUCCGCCGCCACCUCCGCCGCCCGUGUCGACCCACCCGCUGGUGGCGGCCGCCGCGGCCACGGGCCAGCAGCAACAGCAGCAGAGCCCGUGGGAGAGGGAGGAGAAGGAGCGUGAGACGGCCAUGCGCCGCCAGGAGGCGGCCCGUCAGUGGAUGGAGGAGCAGAUCGAAGAGCUGGAAUCGCUGGGCCUGGGCAACCGGACGCCCAAACAGGAAGAGCAACUCAGGGCCCUGCGACUGGAAAUGGAAUUCCGCAAACGGGCCAUGGAGGCGGCCGAAGAAGAGGACGACGACGAUGGGGAAGCCUCGGGCGAUCGUCGCGGAAUGCUCCGCCUCGUCCAGGAGGAUCUGGAACGGGCCAGGCAGUGGCGACUGGAGAAACAGCAGCAAGUCCAGCAGCCCAUGCCUCCGCCUCAACAACAACAGCCGCCGAUGACGAACGGAACAAACAACAACAACACAGCGACGGUGCCGGAUCAGGAGCGGAUGCGCAAAAUCGAAGCCUUCCAGCGGAAGCAGCGCGAACUGGAAGCGACUCAAGCGGCAGAGGAGCGGAUCAUCCGAGAAGCUCAGCGCCGCAAGGAGGAGGACAUUCACCGACACCAGCAGAUGCAACAACACCAACAACAGCAGCAGCAACAGCACUGGAGACCGACGCCUGGUGCCAACAUUCCGAUUCCGCCGCCCUCGGCCAUGUCGGGUGGCCAGCGAUUGGACGGCGUCAUCCAUCAGUCAUCGUCGAUGGAAAUGGCCCAGCACGUUUCUUCUUCCACGUCGACGUCGUCCGCCACCACGUCGACGACGACCAAAAGAGUUUCCUUCUUCCAGGAGACGACCCAGUCGUCGGACAACAAAACGCCAACACGCGAAGACCCUGACGCGUUCAUCCUGGAAGCGGAGAACAUGCUGGCCAACACGCCGCCCAAGACGUCCGGCAGCGGAGUCAUGGGUGGCGGCGGCGGCGGCGGGGGUAGUUCCAUCGACCAGCUGCUGUUGACUGGAGUGAGCACUCCGGGCGUGAUAGGCUCGCAGGAAGUGUACCGCGAUCCCAGGCUGAAGCGGCUGGCCGAGCAGCAGCAACAGCAAAAGACCCAACUGAAACCGGGCCCUGAGAAAUUGACUUUCCAGGAGAAGAUGAAAAUGUUUGCCCUGGAAAGUGGCGAGCAGGCCACACCAAAGGACAAGUCCAAAAUAUCCAAAGCCCAGUAAGUGGCACCUUCAGCUGAGAGAAAUUGAGCUGAAACCCAGUCCAAUGAGCGAGAAGAAUAGCAAUUGACACCCACACAAUUAAAAGUAUUCUACUGAUGUUACUCGGAAAGUAUUGAUUCCAUCCACACACACAAAAGCAAACAGGUCAAACUCAUUCACUUCCAGUUGUCUUAUACUGAUGCUGGGCUUUGAUUGUGUUUUGCCUGUAUUUAUAAUUUCAUUUCCUUUUUUCGAACAACAAAAUCUUUUUUCCACUAUUUUUGGGUUUUCCAGUUUUCCCCCUUUAUUGUUUCAAAUGGCAGACUUUGCGUUCUCUAUUCCUUAUUUCCUUACAGUCCCUUAUCGGUAGCUUUUGAAAGAAUUACUUUCCCUCCUCUUUUGUGUAUAAUAGCAAAACAAAAUGUUUCUUUUUUCCAAUGUUGACUUGACGUGCUGAAAGGCAGCUACAAGUCUCAAGUUUCCUUUUCCCCGACGACCAACUUAACUAUUAUUCAAAUGAUUCAAUCGGCGGCACUUUCUCUCCAUCCACUUUGUGUGUCUCAUUCCAUGUUCCCCAUUUAUACUGCGAACAUACCAGAAAUGAACACGAGCUAUUUACUUUUUUCCCCAUCUUUCCCUCGUGUAUUUUGCCAGAAGUUUUUCUUUCAUUUUUCUCUUUCGACGACUUGACGCGAAAACUUGUAAUAAAAAUAAACACGAAAAGUCGUCUGCUAAUCUCCCGACGCGGUCGACAUAUUGGCGCCGCUGAAAUCAGCUACUUCUUUCCCUCCCUUAAUUCCUUUGAUUAUUUUUCUUUACAUAUCUCGUCUGUAAUUUGCUAGAGCGAACAAGAAAAUACAUUAGACAAACGUUUGGACCAUUUA